CAAGAUUUAACGAACAGAGGGCAAAAAGCAGAAAAAGAUGCAUGGGCAGAAUGGAGAACAGUCUAAGGUAAGUGCUACAGCUAACGAUGACGUGUCCCUAAUUAUCUACUUUAGUUAUUGCGACGUGCUAAUUUUUCUCAAAAACGUAUAAACAAAUUUCAGCUACAGUAUUCUUAACUAACGAUGGAUUAGUUUGGUAAACUUAAAAUUCGAAAGUUUCGUAUAUGGGGAAAUUAAGUACACUCAGACCACAAUACGUCGCGUCGAGUCGCGGUGGAAAACUUAACUCGUCAAUUAAAGAUGUGCAUUAAGUCUUUUUUAUACUAGACUAACGGACAGACAAAUAAGUGUUAUAAUUUUCUAACUGAUUUACACAUAAAUUGCAAAGUCUCAAAACAUUAUUAUCUUUCGCACCUGGCUUCUUUUAGAAUCAAAAGACUGACAAAUUGUCAAAAUCAAGAAGUAAUUUUGCCGAUAAAGGUUUCCAAAACAAAUUAAUAUUCAAAAAUUGGAAAAAACAGCUCUCUUCAGGGCCUCAGGGCCUAAAGUUUAUGCUUAAACAGUAGAAUACCGGUAUCUCGAACUCGAUCUGAAGGGAAACGAAAAACAGUUCGGAUAAGCGGGGAAUUUGAGUUAUCGGCCGGGGGUAAAUUUCACUGGAGUGAAAUUUUGAUCAAGGGAAAGCAAAUUUAGUUCGAGUUAGCGAGGAAUUCGAGUUAUCCGAGUGUGAGAAAUCGAGGUUCUACUCCGGCAUGUCACAUUUUAGUCCGUUUCCUUUAUUGAAAUUUUUCACUAAAGCAACAUUUUAGUAGCAAAUUCUCUCGGGGAGAGUCUUAAUUGAUUUGUGCUCUAUAGAAACUGAAUGAUAAUUCCUAGUUUAAAAUUUUUCACUUUACAGUGUUACUGUUAGAAGCAACAUUUUAGGUGAAAAAUCCACUUAGAAAAUGUAAACAAUUGGUAUAAUUUCUUUAGUUGAUCAGAACUUGACGUGUCCAUCUCUCCACUGACUUUAAUUUACUGCGUUAAUCUCAAGUCUCGCGCGAAUGAGUGCGUGUUGCUCAAAGUUCUUUUGGCUCUUUCUGAGACUAAGCGUCCAAAACGAUUUCAAGUUCAUGAUUUUCAAACAUUGUUGUGUGGAUAUACGUACUAUUAAUAUCGCUAGUUAAUGUAAUACUUGGAUUUCUCCAUUGCAUGAAAUAUGUUCAGCGAUUUUUAGCAGCUAAAGAGACCGUAAGAGAAAGACGAGGUAAUGGGAACGUUUUGAAAAAUACUGUAAAAGUCGACCUUGGAAAAUUUAACAAGUCAUAUUACAUACACAUUGGCAUGUGGUUCACAGACAAAGAAGUUUUUUGUGAAUUUUAGUGAAUAUUUGUGAAUAUUAGUUUCUUUUAUGUGCAGACACAGUUUUUUCUUGUAAUAUAUUUUAAUGAAUUGAGCUCGAGGAUAUUAGCUCCCAAGCUACUCAAAAAAUUGGAGUGGUUUAUGCAUCAGGUAUGUGUGUUGCCUGUGCCGGUAGAUUUGUGUCAUCUGUUGAGCAAAUUUCCUAAAAAAAAAUUAUUAGAUAAAACUUUCUCGAUCCAGUUUUAUUUACUAACUACUCAUUCGGAACGUCUGCUUAACAUGUUUUAAUUGCUGUUUUUGAAAUGAAGUUAGCAUUGACUUCUUAAUGAGACGAGCCAACGUUAAUUUUACAAGUACAAAGCGGAAGUGUGAAUCAGUCUAAACUAGAACAAGAAAAGUUCGCACUGCUAAACAAUAAAUGGUGGUGAGCAAAAUAAACAACUUAAGGCAAUUAAAAGGUUAUCUCAGCCACGAAAAUCAUUCACUUGGCAAGUGUGCCUCAAGUGAGCACUGCUGAUAGACGCUGAUAGGGAAGAGAAGCUUUUGAAGAAAUUGGUAAGAAAAUCAGCGUUAAGCUUUCGAGUUCACAUUGUCCUUUGAAACUAAUUAUUUUUCCUUUGCAGGUUCAGAGAUCUAUUUUCUCCGAACAUGUUUGGAUCGUGUCCACUAUUUUUCCUGUUGCUUGUCCUUUCACUGGUAAGUUUAUCGUGAGUUAUGUAAUGCUACUAUCCCCUUGUCAGAUUUUCACGAUGACGUCAUUUGACUACAACUUCCAAAAUUCCUUCAGUUUUGCUGUCCUAUUUAAAUUUGUCAAUUCCAGAGUGAGACAUAACAAUCAAUAGCCCUAAGUUGUAAGAAAAAAUCAUUAUUGUCAUGGAUCCAAAAAAUCAAGUUCCACACAUCUAUAACACGAUAAAAUUUUCAAAGAUCACUUACGCCAAAGCUCCGGUAAAGGCGAUCUGCCAAAAAUCCGCAGAAUAAACCAUUGCAACGGCUAUGUGUGGCCACGUCAGCGUUUUGAAAUUCGACGCUGAUCACCUUUUCUUAUUCAGUACAAGCGCGACGUUCCUAUCCAUUACACAGUCCACACACCUUACUGUUUUCAGCAAGAUCCAGCAAGGAUAGACCUUCAAUUCGGAUCGGGGGCUGUCUUAAACGCUGUUAAGCCUUCUAGAGUCGGCGAAACGGGUUUGAAAACCCCCAAUAUUUAGCUUUUAAAUAUGUCUGCCUUUGUGUGAAAAAAGCAGCCUAGAGCAGUGCAAUAGGAUGGUAAAAAAACAUCAAAAUUUCUUCGUGAUUUGUGCCAACAGGCCGCCCUUUUUUACUCAAACUUUGUAACCGAGCUAUUUUCAGGUAGGAACGUCAUGAGAGCUGUACAAGCCUUGCAUCUUCAAGCAAUCAUGACUUCAAUUUUUGAAUCAAGGACCAGCUUACAAAAAAGGAGGACCGGAUCCUAGUAAAGCGUCUAAUCAGUAAUAAGUGAAAAUAUGAAUCAAAAGAAGCAACGCUGAUUUUAGAGUGGGGAAUAUAUAAUAUUUUUAUAUUUAAGAUAUAUCCCCGACUGUAAAAUCAGCCUUGCUUCUUUUGUUUUAUAUAAUCAUGCCUUGGCGUGAGAAGUGGUGUGACUCAGUGUGACACUGAUGAGACUGUUGAUUGCGCAAUGAUGUAAUAUCAGGAAAACUUCGGUUUUUCUUCUUUUGAACAUGCAUAUUAUUUAAUAUAAGUAGUUGGCAAAUGCUAUAUUUUUGUUGCCUAAGCAUUAGAUUCUACCGUUUUUCACUAAUUUUAUCAAAACGAAAGAAAAACUACAUGAACCCACACACCAUGCCGCGGUUUGUCUGAAAUUUCUGGCCAUGUUAACUCGAGUACAAGGUGUUACCUUAACGAGGAGGAGGUUCUCCCUGAAUGAGUGUGAGUUAAGAAGCAGGGGGCAUUAUGAAACCUUUAGUAACAUAGCAUAACUCUUUCUGUAUUUUACAAAUAUGUAAAAAGGAAAUCUUAUACACAUGUGCUUACCCGUAAAAUAUGAGCAUUUAAUAAAACAAAGGCGACAACAAAGUGCAAAAGGAAAGAAAGGAAAUAAACAAGUGCUGAAAAAAGCAAACGACUUUGUAACUCUGCUUAGUAAACUGCUGUCAAAAAUGUGUUUAAAAAAGCUGGUGUUUUCUCUGCCGCUGCCAUCCGCAAACGUAAGGACGGUGCUGCAAGGAGAACACACUCCUUCGACUAAGAAAGGCAAGAGAGAUGAUAGCCUCACCACACUGACGAGAAACGAACAGUGAAUCAUCUCAGUAAAAGUCACCCUAGUGAUAAUAAUACGGGGGACGGGGCAGGGGGUGGAUUUGGAAAACUGUGCGCGCAGGUCUCUGGAAAACCCAGGCUAGACCCAGAGAAGAGUAUUUGAAAGGAGGGCUUUGUCCACGAGGUUGAGGCGGUUCCUUAUAAGAAACACAGAAGAGAAAUAAUAAACACAAAAAAUCUGGGGUGCAAGAGUGGUUUUUUCCUCUAGAAGGGAGCUCACUCCAAUACUGACAAGGGAGAUGAAGUCUUCAAAAUUGGAUUGAACUAUACAAAUUGCGACUUUUUGGGUCGACUAACACAAAACUGUCCAUUUGUUUUUAAAGAUUUCAACUUUAAUGGUAGGUGUUUCUAUCACAGAAAUAAUUGAUAUGUAAUUAUUACUUUAAAGUUGAUAAAUAAAGAAUAAAAAUACGACAGUAGAGAUAUUCGUACUUGAUUGACCAUCUGUUUAUUUCACGUGAGGUUUGUAUAUGCCGCUGAUGAUAACAGUCAAUUUGCACACUCAGGUUAACACUAAAAAGUAAACUUUUAGUGGAGCUGUCAAAGAGAACACCUCCAUCAGAUCAGUGGAGAGCCGCAAGAGAUGGCACAGUGGUGAGAGCACUCGCCUCCCACCAAUAUGACUUGGGUUCUAAUUUCGGCGUCGACGCCAUUUGUGGGCCGGGGGGGGGGGACUCAGUACUCAAAAAUUGUUUAUACGGGGAGGCUCCCCCGAGCUCCAACCCCUUACUCUUUUAUAUACCAUUUUUCAUGAAAAAGAUACCCCUUUCGUAUACCGGCUUCUAUUGACAAAUGGUACCCCUUUCUCUUACCUUGUUUAGAACUUUGCAUCCCCUUUAACUGCUGUAAAUGCACUGUCUUUUAAAUAGGAAUCAGUCACAAAAAUAGAACGUUUUCUCGACUUUAUAAACCAAAAAAUUCAUCUGUUAGCCCUUUUGGUUCCUUUCACCUACUUUUUUAUAUACUUCAACUAGUGAAAUCCCUACCCUUUGUAUACCUUAAGCCUGAAAAAGGUAGCCCUCUUGGGCGGUCCCACCCGGUAUAGGCCAUCAUGGGGAGUAGCCCCCCGGGUAUGUGGGUUGAGUUUGUUAUUGGUCCUCGCCUUAGCCCCGAUGGCUUUUUCUCGGGGUUUUCCGGUUUUUCCUUCUCCUCGAAAACCAACAAUUUCAAAUUCUAACUCGACCAGAAAUGGUAGACGAAUAACAACUAUGUGGAUGUGCUACCUCUAAAUCGGUAUUAAUUUUGGUAUAUCAAACGAUAAAACCUACCAAAUACAACGACAGUCGAUAACGUUUCAAGGACUUCUUCAGAAAUACGAAAGGAGAACUGUAUAUUUAAUGAAGCAAUUAUGAUAUCGGAAAAAAAGGGAAAAGUCUUGGUCAAUAAGUAGACCAAAUUAACGAAACCAAACAAAAUGAAUUUUGAGAAAACAGAGAGGCAAAAAACAAUUUAGUUUGAUGUUGACUUUUCCACAGAAGUAAAGCAGAUGAAAUUGACUACAAUUUCAAGUCAUUGAGGUUUUGACAGAACAUGCGUCAGAGGCAGUUUUUAGCAUAUUGAAUAUAGAGACGGGGGUACGUUUCAGACAUCUUAGUACAUCACGUCAGCGUUAAAGCCACACGAAAUGAAGUCUUUUCAUGGUUAUGUUGUUUUUUACUUUUCCCUUGCCUUCUUCCAGAUUUCUGAGGCUGCAAGUUGGCGUGAUCUGGUAAGUGGGUUAAAGCUCUCUUUUGGGUCUAUUUGAGUUUCCGUUUAAUUCUAUUUUCGUUUACCAUAUUGUAGUUAAAAGUGUAAGAAAAAAUAUAUACAUGUAUGACAAAUGUACUCUCCUGUCUUUGAAUAAUGUUCCUACUGUUGUUGUUGCUGGUUUUUCUUUUAUGAAUCCCAGAAUGUCUCUGUUAUUGUUCUAUUAAUUGACAAGAAAUUGUUUCUCACUGCAGUGGGUAUUAUUGGUUAAAUUAAAAAUGUCACAUGUUACAUGUUGAAUUUACCAACUUUCUUUUUUCACAGGAACAGGAAAACAAAUUUACAUCUAAGGGUAAGUAAGUCGCGGUUUCAACAAAUUUUUUUGUCAAUUUUUUUUUCUUUCCUCAAGGAGCCAAGGCGAUGAUUUGCACACAGAAAAAAGUCCUUUUCAACAAGAAAAACCUCACGAAAAAUUCCAAAUUUUCUUUCUGUCAUUUUUUCGAAUUAUUUAUCGAUAUCGCAAGCAAAAAAGGAUAAUAAAAUGUAGAAUAAGUAUUGUGAUCGCUUAGACUUUUCUAAGUCAUCAGAAUUACUUAAAGUAAAGGUUUAAACGAAUUUGGCAAUUACCAGGUUACUCCUCAAUAUGUUCAGUAAUUUGAUUAUUUGGAACACAUACUGAAAAAUAUCACACGGUGGCAUAUGAUAAGCACGGGAGUCUUACAAUUAUUUCUUGAUAUUUGGACAACUGAAACCAUUGGGAUGCUCUUAAAAUCUUAUGAUUGAUACAAACUAGUUCUCAUAGCCAUAAGAGAAACUAGCAAUUCUAAGAAAAAAGUAAACGCCAUAAUUCUUCUGGCCACAUUAUGUGAUUUUUGUAGAUAGUAAAGAUGCACCAAUGGUAUCUACAAGCAGAAGCAUUGUUGGGUUUGGCCUCAUGAUUUUAUGUCAUGUCCACAGAAACCCAUUACUUUACAACGGUUACGGCUGCUACUGUGGAUUUGGAGGCAAAGGAAAACCUUUAGACCAAACAGACAGGUACCUUAGAGAGGGGAGCAUUAAUCAGGACAUUACUUCAUUGGUCAUUGUGUGGUUGCAUUUAAGAUUGGGUCGGUUUUUGGUCGAAUUGCACUGUGGGAAUGAUUUGAAGGGACGAAUCAAACAUUUAUCAUGUGUUGGCCAGUGAAAGAAGCCCUUGCGUGCCCGAUCCCACGGUCACAUGCAAACUCGAAAAGGGCAAUUGAAGUUUUUCCAAAUAAACUGAUUGCAGUGAUUUUAAGAUCAUCUCUUACCAGAAAUUUUAAACCCCUUUAAAGAAGCUGUUUCCAAAAUUUAUGAAAAUUCAAACAUUUGGAACUGCCACAAAAUGAGCGAAACAUAUAAAUAGUCCCUGAAGACGUUACAAAAGGAUCUAAGGAUUGACAAAAUUGAAGAACAUUUAAACGGAUCGCAGUUUUUGAAAACUUAGCCUUACAGUUCUUUCAAAGUUCAUUUUUUUGUUUGUAACCUUUGAGAUAAUAGGGAACUUAAGCAACGACGUUUUUUAAGCGACACACGUGAACCGGAAGUGACCCCUUUUCAUUUUUGGACGAUGGUUUUGCCCAAAUUUUCAGUCAAAUCGUCUCUAUAAGAGUAAAGAAGCUAAGCAACACAAUUUUAUAUCGUCAAGGCAUAUUAAGAAGGAAAAGGCCUUACUUGCGGUUGACGUCAGUCGCUCAAAAACGCCUUUGUUUAAGCUCACUGUGCUUGGGACACAUAUUUGUUUGACACCAAGCUGUGAUUUUGUCAUUUACAAGCUAUUUAAGUUAAGUUCCAUUGUGGUAAAGGAGGGGGUACCUAUCACGCAUCACGCCGAUGUUUUUUUUAAGCUAGCACGCAUCACGUAAAAAUAAAAUAUUAGCUAAAUUAACAAUUACCCUAUUAUCAUGUGAUCUGAGGAAAUGAGAGGUCGAGGAACGAGAAAAAAGGGCAAGAAGUUGGUGUCAUAACUAUCUAUUGUUAAUGUCUCCACUUCCAGUCUCAAGUGAUAUUAACCAUCACGGAAAUUUCAAAGAAAAAUCACGCGUCACGCGUUGUGAAAAUAGUAAAUCACGCACCACGCUGCUAGGCCAAAUCACACCUCACGCGGCUAAUUUGGGUCCGAUCCCGUAUUACGCUGAUAAUUUGGAUCCCAUCACCCGUCGCGGUAAACCCCUUACCCACCCUGUAAUAAGCCAUUUCCACGAUGACGUCUUUUAGCUACAAAGACCAGAAUUCAUUUCCUUUUUCUUUCAAAAUUGAAUUUGCUAAUACCAGUGAGGUUAAAAAACCCUAUUAAAUUGGCAAAAGAAAGCUAAACCCUGAAGGAUUCAGCUUAGUAGUAGUAAAAUGACGCCAUCGUGCAAAUGGCCCAUUGAGUGGUUUUAUAUACAAAAUGAACUAGCUAGCCGGCGUGACACAGCCCUUUUGAGUAAAUAAUUACAGUCUGCAGGUCUGCAGGUAAAGUAGGUCAGUCGAGGUCGUGUUGCAAAGUAGAACCCUGUAACUGAAGGAACUAAUAAUCUUUAUGAAACACCAAAAUCGAAGAAGGACAGACAUUUCACAAUGACGCGUAUAAUCGCAAAGUCAUGAAUGCUUUCUUUGUUACUUAGAUGCUGUCAAAUACAUGAUGAGUGCUACAACUCAGUGAUACGCUCAGGUUCUUGCCCGUUCGACGACGCUGUUUACGUCAUGCCUUACAGUAGAGAAGGAUGCUUCAGAUGCAGUAAGACCUUUACCUUAAAACACAAAACACUUAAGAACCUAACAAAAAGACAACUCGCCUCUUUAGAAAGGAAAUCCUUAAAUAACAAUGACCGAGACCAGGGUUUAUGAGCCCACGAGACUGAGCAACCCACCAAAACCCUUGUUUCCACUAAAACCGCUGGACGCCAACCUGGAUGAGGUCAUUGUCAUAUGAGGUCUUCCCUUUAGGACAAGAAGGAAACAGGGUGGAGUCAACUUUCGCGAAGACUUCUGGGACUGUUAUUAACGACAAGAAAAAACAAUUGGCCAAUAGCUGAUCGGCGCGUCACCAGUAACGAUCCCAGAAACAAUUGCGGGACACAUUUCGGUUCCAGUUCCCUUCUCCUUUCUAAUGUGGGGAAUUAAGGGUAUAUUUAACGAUUAUUUCUCGAGCCCAAAUGGGUUCUGAGUCAAUAGUCCACGAGGCCGAAGGCCGAAUGGGCUAUUGACUCAGAGGCCAUGAGGGCGAGAGGAAUAAUUGGUUUAGUAAAAUCCAACUAGUUGGUCAAAAAUAUCGAGAAUGAAAAAAUUUUAGCUAGUUAAAGGUAGAUUUUAAUCCUUUUUUUCCGCCAAAAAGCCUGGCUUUUUGCUACUAGUGGGCUAUAAAAUAUAGCCUAGUAGUAGCUCAACCAAUCAGAACGCAGCAUUGAUAAUAGACCACUAGUUGGAUUUUACUAAUAAUCAGUAACCACCAUCUUUGAUUGAAAAUGCCCCGUCCAAAAGUUAAUUUGCAAAAUUUGCUUUUGUUUGUCAGGUAAAAACUACAGAUAAUUUAACACGCUUGACUUAUUAUUGUACUUUAUUUCUCUCUGGUCAUCCUUAUUUCUUUGCCGCAAAUUUUGCUAGACUUGAUUCCAGGUCGUAAACAUUGACUUCGUGAAAACGCCGACGAAAGUGAAGAAAGAAUUAGGAAUGGAUAAUAGGGAAAACAAUAUUAGCUUCGCCCAAGUAAGAAUCAGUAUUCCGCAGUUUGGGAUAUUUUUGCUUGUGGACUGAAUACAGUUCGAGGAAUUCGAAAUUCCGCUAACGACUGGAAUCCAGACUCAAGUUCCAUCGAUAAAGAAUGCGAAAUGUAGUACCUGGAAUCCGGAAUUCACGGCGUGGAAUCAGAAUCCAAGACUGUCUAGAUUCCGUUACAUGAGGCGAAUUGGUUAAUACUGUUUCACAACCAAAAUAGUGUCAGGAUCUUAGUCAUCUAUCGUCCACCUGAUAAUUCCUCUUUCAAUCGAUUUUUUGAGGAAUUCUCACAUCUACUUGAAUCUGUAACUGUGGAGUCUUCUGAUCGAGUCCUAAUUACUGGUGACUUUAACUUGCAUAUGGAUUGUCAAGAUGAUGUAAAUGCCAAACGUUUUACUGACAUCUUGGAAUCUUUUGACCUUAAACAACGUGUCUGUGCUGGGACUCAUCGCAAUGGCCAUACUCUUGACUUACUUACUUAUAAAUAAGUCUGAUGAUAACAUGCUCAAUAAUAUCAAAGUCUAUGAUCCUAACAUCUCUGAUCAUUUGGCGGUAAUGUGUGAUGUCUCCAUAAGAAAGCCCCAGUUUAGGAAGGAAGUUAUCUUCUAUCGGAAGCUUCGGUCUCUUGACAUGGAGUCGUUUCUUAGUGAUGUUGCUGACUGCCCUCUCGUCAUCGACCCAUCCAGCGAUCUCGAUCAUCUAGUUCAACAGUAUGACACCUUAUUAAGAUCAAUAAUGGACAAGCAUGCUCCUGUCAAGCGCCGAGUUGUUACUAUUAGGCCUGCUGCUCCGUGGUACACUAAUGAGGUAUCUGUAGAGAAGCGUAAGCGACGACGCCUUGAAAGAAAAUGGCGAAGAACCAGGCUGCAGGCUGAUCGACAAGAAUAUACUCGUCAGUGCUGCGUUGUGAAUAAUUUGAUCAAGUCGUUGAAAUCCUCUUACUACACUACCAUCAUUGCUGAAAACUCAACUGAUCAACGGGUUUUGUUUAGUACAGUAUCAAAACUACUACAAAAGCAAUCAACUGCACGGUAUCCAUCUUCUUGUAGUGAUGCACUAGCUAAUUCUUUCGCUGAUUAUUUCAUUGACAAGAUUGAUCGUAUCCAUGCCACACUAAUAGAGAAGAAUUCUGCGCAAGGUAAUGAUGCUAAUGAAGUGACUCUUGGUAACUACGUGGAAUGUAACUCUGUGUUUUCAGACUUUAUUAAUGUCAGUUACGAAAACAUCAAGGGACUUGCAUUGAGAUCUAUUAAUAAAUCCUGUGUACUUGAUCCUCUGCCUGCAGUGGUAAUGAAGGAAUGUUUCAAUUUACUAACUCCUGUGUUGACUAACAUAGUGAAUACAUCUUUAUCUACUGGAGUUAUGCCUGAUGUCUUGAAGAUUGCAGCUGUGACACCGACUUUAAAGAAACAUAAUGCUGAUUUCACUAAAUAUGAAAGUUUUCGACCUAUUUCUAAUUUGAAGUUUGUGUCCAAGCUUGUGGAAAAAGCGGUAUGUGUCCAGCUUACAGACUAUAUUACAUCUAAUGGUCUUUCGGAAACGUUUCAAUCCGCAUACAAGUCAUUUCACUCCACUGAAACGGCUCUACUGAGGGUUCAAAAUGACAUUCUUUGUGCUUUAGAUCGAAAUGAGUCGGUCAUACUGGUACUUUUGGAUCUGUCGGCGGCGUUUGAUACGGUGGACCAUACUCUUCUAGUGACAAGGCUGUCUACUUGUUUUGGUUUUCAAGGAACUGUGCUUAAGUGGCUGAAAUCAUACCUGUCUUCACGUAAGCUGUUUGUUAAAGUUGGGAAUAGUCAUUCUUCACAACGUGCAUUGAAGUGUGGUGUCCCUCAGGGAUCAGUUCUGGGCCCUUUGUUGUAUUUGUUAUACACAUCACCUAUUGCGGACAUAAUAAAUGAUCAUGGACUAUCAUACCAUCUAUAUGCUGACGACACCCAAUUAUAUAUUACCUUUAAAUCUACCAGCUUGAAUGACAUCCAACAAGUGAAGUUGAGAGUGGAAUGCUGUGUGAGGGACAUUGAUGAAUGGAUGAUAAGAAACUAUCUUAAACUAAACCAGGAAAAAACGGACCUUGUAGUCAUCAGUUCCAGAUUCCAUCCUAUGCCUGACAUCGGUCACAUUACUGUUGGUUCUGAGUGCAUUGCACCUCGUGACUCUGUUCGUAAUUUAGGGGUUCAGUUUGAUAGCAUAUUUAGUUUUGAGGAGCACAUUAAGAACAUUUGUAAAUCAUCAUUCUAUCAUUUGAGAAAUAUUGCUAAAAUCCGCAAGUACUUAAGCCAAGAUACAUGUAAAAUCUUAGUCCAUGCAUUUAUUAGUUCGAAACUUGAUCACUGUAAUUCCUUAUUACAUGGCCUUCCUAAGUAUCUGUUAGCUAGACUACAGGCAGUUCAGAAUGCUGCAGCUCGUGUUGUCACAUUGACACCGAGGCAUGUUCAUAUAACUCCUAUUUUAAUUAAUCUUCAUUGGGUACCAGUUGAGUUUAGAAUAACUUUUAAAGUCCUUUUAUUGGUAUACAAGGUCCUUCAUGGCCUUGCACCUUCUUAUAUUUCUGACCUUUUGAAUUUUAAAACAUACUCUAGGUCAUUGCGUUCUUCAUGUAAAGAAUAUUUAGUGGUUCCAAGAAGCAGAUUGAAAACAUAUGGAGACAGAGCUUUCUCUAUUGCAGGACCUAAAUUGUGGAACGAUUUACCUCUAGAGAUUAGGAAAUGUGCUUCAGUGGCAACUUUUAAGCAAUCCCUUAAAACUUUUUUAUUUAAGUUAGCAUACAGGUUAUGAGAUUCCUUUUGUUUUGAGAUGUUUUUGAUUUAUAUAGUAGAUAACUUAGGCUAUAUUUGAAUUAUAUUGUAUAUUGUAGAUAUUUUAUAUUCUAUUUUGUAAUUAGGUAGCGCUUUGGACAAUUAUUGGAUUUUAGCGCUAUAUAAAUAAAAUUAUUAUUAUUAUUAUUAUUAUUAAAAUAUAAUUGCCAACAAGGCUGUAAAUAUUUUAAAAAUUUCUUUUCUCAAAUCCUUCGUGCGACGAAAGUUGUGUUUUCAAGGUACAUAAAAAUGCUACUGAAUAUUUUUUCUUUUCAGAACCUGCAAGUUACUACUGGUUUUACGGCAAAUGUCGACAUUCUUUGUGCAAGUGUGAUUCAGAAGCAGUACAAUGCUUUAAACGUUCCAAGUUCAACCCUCGUUUUAUCAACUACCCUCAAGACAAAUGCUAAUAGAAUUAUUCAAGAGCGAGGAAAUACUAACCAAUGUUGUAGUUUUAAACCAUUGCCAAGGGCAAGGAUAUG